UGUAGCACCCGCAAAUCCACAGCAAGCUCUCACAUCAGCAGAGCGCCCACAACAAAAUACACGUGAAGACAGACUGGAGGUUGGUGCUUGUGCUGCUGUAACAACCUGAGGCGACGACGGACGGAUGGAGACGAUUGAGAUUGUCGGGCACCGCUGUAUGCGGCUGCCUGCUGGCGAGGAAGGGGAGCCUUCGACCGCUGUUGGGAUCACCUUUGAUUUGGACGAGGACAGGGCCAUGACCAUCACUUCAAGCAACGACAUUCUGUUCUUCGAUACAGACAUGACACAGGUGGAGAACACCGUGUGCACGACGCCCAUGGGAAAACCCGUGGCACUCGCUCACGUUGGCAUGCUGGAUGCCGUGUAUGCGACCACGGACACGGAAAUGUUCGUCGUGCACCGUGGACAACCAGAGGCCGAGUAUGUCGGCUCCAUUGACUGCGGCAUCCUCGCAGCAGCUUGGUCACCCGACCAGGAGCUGCUUGUUGUCAUCAAUGGCGAUGGCGACAUUGUGUGUCUGUCCAAAGACCUGGACCCCAUCUUCGAGCACCCGGUCGUCUCGGACGAGUUUGGCGCCGACGCGCCCGUCAACGUCGGAUGGGGCAAGCGGGAGACGCAGUUCCAGGGGCGGGCCGGCAAGUUGGCCAACCAGCCAAAGGUCCAGGAUGCACAGGUGCCGCACGACGACGGCGCCCCGCGGAUUGCGUGGCGCGGGGACGGGCAGCUGUUUGCCACGUCCACGCUCGAGAACAACCGUCGUGUCAUCCGCACGUGGCAACGCGACGGCACACUCAGUGCCACCAGUGAGAAGGUUGGCGGGCUCGAGCAAGCGCUGGCGUGGCGCCCGAGCGGCAACCUGAUUGCAUCCACGCAGCGUCUGCCCCACCGUCACGAUGUCGUCUUCUUCGAACGGAACGGCCUCAGACAUGGGGAGUUUACGCUGCCGUUUGCGCAGGGAGAGGUGCAUGUGGAGAAACUGGCAUGGAACUGCGAAUCAAACAUCCUGGCUGUGUGGGCUGUUGCCCUUGACAACGGCGAGUACGCCACGCCCCCUGCCAAGUCCUACCUGCAGUUGUGGACCUCAAGCAACUACCACUGGUAUCUGCAACACGAGUUUCGCUUUGAAAAUGGCGGCAGUGACGGGCUGUUCAUCACCGCCUUCGACUGGCACCCGGAGGACCCGCACCGACUGGUGAUUGCGACGAACACACACGCGUCGCAGUUUAUCCUUCGCCGCACGACUGUUGACUCUGGCAUGUGGCAGAGCAACGCCAAGCACUCAUCCGUGGUUGCUGUGCCGGACGGCAGUGCGCUGCAGAUUACGCCGCUGCGCCGCGUCGUUGUGCCGCCACCAAUGGCCGACAGCACGCUCGCCCUCACCGCACCCAUCCACUCUUGCGUCGCCCCCGCGAGUGUGUCCGCGGGUUUUUCCGCUGCAGUUGAGAGGAACGAAUUGCGCCCGCUUGCCGUUGGCGACGUCAUGGCGGCGGUUUCGUCCGAUCACACCCUCUCCCUGUGGGGGCGUGUCGACCACCCAACCAAACGCCACCUGAUUGCGUCAUGCGACCUGCGUGACGUGUUGCCGUCCUCCCUCCCAGCGGCGCUGCGCGUGUACCGCCACGCAACGCUCUGCGACGACGUGCUGUUCAUCACCACCCUCACCCACGCUGACGGCGAUGCCGGCAACCAUGACAACGCCGAGACGUCAUCACCAUCAUCACCACCGUCGCCAUCAUCACCAUCAUCGUCACCAGCGGCACAAGUGUCGACGCGGCCGCCUGCUGUUGACACCGUGCACGCGCUGCACAUGACGACCACAAACGCAGACGGCGCACAGGACAGGGACGCCACCGCCCCAACGCACACGGUUGAGUACAUUGGGUGCGUGUGCAUGGCAACGCCGCAUGUACACGUCACCGCGUGCGCACCGCUGCCCACCGCGAUGCGCUCUGUUAUUGUCCAAGACCAGCACGGCCACCUCACCCGGGUGCACGUGGCACCACGCCACGCUGAUGGUGGUCGUGAUGAUGGCGCACUUGAGGUUGUGAUGGGGCCGUGUGUGCAGGUGCCGCGGCUUGCUGCUGCGUGCUCGCGCAUCGUGUGCCUGAUGGUGGAGGAUGACAAUACCACGGAUGCCCCCACUCCCGCUGCCAUCACGACUGGAAGCAAGAGCAACAGCACUGUAGGGACGGGCACCACGGCUGUUGGCGAUGAGGAGACGCUGUUCACCAUCCAGGAAGACUCGGAUGAUGAUGAUGACGAUGAUAACAACGAAGAUGACAACAACAACGGUGGAAACAGCGCCAACACGGACAACAGGGACGCGAUGAUGCCACCGGCGCUUGCCGUUGUUGGCCUGACCAAUGCAUUCCAGCUGGUGGUGAACGAGCACGUUGUUGUGAGCGACUGCAACAGCUUUGCGCACAACCACGACUUUCUCGUGUUCACCACACACGCGCACGUGUGCCGCUUCCUGCGUCUCUGCCGCGCUCUCACACAACAGCCACAACUUCUCCUCCACCAACAGCAGCAGCAACACCACCAGCAGCAGCCAGAGCAGCUUGACAAGGCAAGUUCGGCCGUGAAGAGGAAGAACAACAACAGCAGUGGCGGUGAUGGCGAUGAUCACGUGUACGACCACUCCACGCGUGCUGUGGAGCGUGGGUCCCGGCUCGUGUGCGUGCCCCGUCACGACAUUAAGGUGGUGCUGCAGAUGCCACGUGGCAACCUGGAGGUGAUUUGUCCACGCCCGCUCAUCCUCUCGCGCGCGAAGACGCUGUUGAACAAGCACGCGUACGCAGACGUCUUCUUCAUGCUGCGCAAGCACCGGCUGAGCCUCAACCUCUUGUACGACCACAACCCAGGCGACUUUGAGGCGCAUGUGGUGGCGUUUGUGCGUGCGCUGCACAGCUCGCAACACCUCAACUUGUUUGUGAUGGAGCUUAGGGACGAGGACGUCACGCAGACCAUGUACACCAUCGCAUACCAGCCACGGUCGAGUGGUAGCGGCGUGCCGGCAAACAAGACGGCGCGUGUGUGCGAGCUCCUGCGCAACGCGUGUGUGUCUGUGAACGAAGACGGGCUGCUCGACACCAUCCUUACUACGUUCAUCAAGGUGCAGCCCGGCGGUAUUGAGCGCGCGCUGGAACGCGUGCUUGCCAUCCACAACACACCGGUGCCUGCAGGCACGGGCCACGCCUCUGCCAACGAGGACCGCGCACGCGCGGCGCUCAAGUACAUGCUGCUGCUUGUGGACGUGGAUGUGUUGUACAACGAAGCCCUCGGCUCGUACAACCUUGAAUUUGCCCUCAUGGUGGCACAGGUUGCACAGAAGGACCCGAAGCAGUACCUGCCGUUCCUGAAUGCGCUUCGACAGGAGAGCGAGGUGCUGCGCCGCUAUCGCAUCGACCUCCACCUCAAGCGCUUCCACAAGGCCCUCCAGCACCUCUCCAACGCAGGGCCCGCCCACUUUGAAGAGUGCUUGGCGCUGAUGAAAGAGCACGAGCUGUACCCGGAGGCCAUGCGCAUUUUCCGCGAUCAUGACGCAAGCGAGGUACGCGCCGUAGCGGGAGCCUAUGGACAGCACCUGCUGGCUAAACGCGAGUACAACCAGGCCGGCAUCCUUCUGGAGAGGGCGGGCCUGUACGACGUGGCGCUCAAGGCAUACGUGCACGCGCUCAACUGGCGACAGGUGUUUAGUCUGACGUCACUGCGUGCGGUGCCGCGGGAGGAGGUGAAGAAGGUGGCUGUCGACAUGAGCGAGGCGCUUGUGGGCGUGCACCGCUUCCACGAUGCCGCACAUGUGCUGCACGUGUACGGCGACGACGCAACAGCAGCGGCAGAGCUGUAUGUGAAGGGCAAGCACUGGGAUGACGCGUGCCUGCUCGCCAGUCAGCAGCAGCAGCAGCAACAGCAGGGGGAUGCGAUUAUGCGGAACAUUGUGUCCCCGGGCGUGCUGGCUGCGCUGCGAACCAUGUGCGAGCAGUACACGGACAUGUCUGCGCUCAUUGCCAAGCGCACGGAGCGGCUGUGCGUGGUGCGUGCAGGCAAGCUGGAGGACCGCCGCCUUGAAGCUCUUGGGCUCCUCCCUGGGGACGACGGCGAGUUUGGCGACGCGGCGGACGGCGCUGCGAGCGACCUGUACAGCGAGGCGAGCACCGCGCGCUCCCGGCGCUCGGGUCGCACACGCGCAACCCGCACGUCGCAGCGGUCACGGCGGACAGCGGCGUCGUCGGCGCGGUCGUCCAAGGGGCGGCGCAAGCACCAGGCGAAGAAGUAUUCGCUCAAGGAGGGCGGGAUGUUUGAGGAGGAGGCACUGGUGCACGCGCUGCGAAAGCUCGUGGUGCAGGUGGACAAGGACCAGGAUGUGGUGCGUGAGACGCUGCUUGCUGGCCUGCGCAUGGGCCACGACGACGCCGUGGACAGCCUGCAGGAGGCGUACGAUGCCUGCAGGCACACCAUCCAGGCGUGCAUGCCGCGCAUCUGGCCGCCGCCGUCAACGCUCGUGCACCGGCUGCCACUCGGCGUCAUCCGCUUCCUCGCUGGCGGCACCAGCACAACAGGGAUGAUGGCAGCAGCAACGGGACCCAUUCCAGGUGUCGCUGGUGUUGGUGUUAGUGGUGGGUUUGAGAGUGGAAGUGUGGCUGCGCAUGCGCAGGCGUUGCUGGAGCAGCAGCGUGCCAUGCAUGCACCCCACCUCACCGGCACGGCCCCAGCAACAAGUAUGAUGGCGCCAACGGCCGCCACCAUAACCACCGCCACGGCUACCGCCCCUCCUGCCAGCGGCGUGUUCACGUCGCCCGGCCCUGCGUAUGGCGGCCCACUCCUCAAGGUACAUCACCACGAUGGCAACAAUUAUGACGGUGGCGAUGAUGAUGAUGAUGACGGCGAGACGAUGCAGCUUGCAGCCCGACCAGAUUUCAAGCCCGCACACUCGUGGCGCGUUAUCACAGAGAAGCACCGCAAGACCAAACGCAAGUGAUCACACGUGUGUGUGUGUGUGUGUGUGUGUGUGUAUGUGUGUGUGUGUGUGUGAUUGUGUGUGUGUGUGUGUGUGUGGGAUUGUGGGAUUGUGUGUGUUGUGGCCAAGUCACUUGCGGUUCCGUCACGUUCAGUUGUUGCGAGGCUGUUUUGGCAUAGUGUCUCCCCAGUCGAAGAUGUUUAUGGGCGUGAGCACAGUGGCAACAAGCACACCAUGUGGUUUUCAGCACGAGACAUACACAAACGAGCGAGAGCACGUGCUCCCAGACGCACACAACAGACACAACCACAGAGAGAAAAC